UCCGCGCGUCCGGCCGGCCGUGCUGCACCGCGCCGCACCGCGCCGCGCCCGCCGACAUGGACGAGGAGCGGGAGACUCUGCAAAGGAUUGUCAGUACUCUAGUGAACAAAAAUGAUGAAAUUCACAACUUCAUUGACAUGCUGAACCAUACAAUAUCAAAUGUUCAGGUAAACUCUUCCAAUGCCAUCAGCGAGCUGGAUGAGGAGUUUGAUGGUCUUUAUUCUGUACUUCAUGAGAUGAAGGGGAGCAUGGCCAACACUAUUCAGCAAGAGGAGGCUCGUAAAAUUCAAGCUCUGCAGGAUCAGCUGAGCCAGUGCAGCCGUGCCCUGGAGAGCUCAGAAGAGCUGCUGGAACUUGCUGUACAGUCACUGGACAUAAAGAACCCCAUGGAGCUCUUAGAGGCCGCCAGACAGAUCAAAGAUAGUGUCACAGUGGCUUCAGCAUUCCGCCUCUCUCUGAAACCAAGAGUUAGUGACAGUAUGACUCAUAUGAUGGUGGACUUCACCCUGGAAAAGCGCAUGCUCCAAGCUGUGAAGUUUUUGCCAGUCCCUAAAGCUCCAGAGAUAGAUGUAGCAGCAUGUCUGGUUGCUGACAACUGCAUAACAAUAUCAUGGAGAAUGCCUGAGGAGGACAGCAGAAUUGAUCAUUUUGUGCUGGAGUAUAGGAAAACCAACUUUGAUGGGCUCCCUCGACUAAAAGGGGAACAGCGUUGGGAGCUGGUUGACUACAUUAAAGCUACUCAAUACACAUUAUCAGGUCUGAAAUUUGAUACAAAAUACAUGAACCUUAGAGUACAAGCUUGCAACAAAGCUGUGGCAGGUGAAUACUCUGACACCGUGACUCUGGAAACCAAAGCAUUUUUGUUCAGUUUGGACAGUACUUCCUCGCAUGUGAACUUGAAAGUUGAAGACAACUAUGUGGAAUGGGAUCCUACUGGAGGCAAAGGCCAAGAAAAAUUAAAAGGGAAAGAAAAUAAAAACAGUGGCCAGAAUCCUCUGCUGAAGAGCAAUAGAAGAAGCAACACAGCAUCUCCGAAGAGGUCCACUAACAGUCCAAGGGCCUCGAUGAGGAGUGGCCGGGAUCGCUUUGCUGGUGAAUCCUACACGGUGCUGGGAGACACUGCUGUUGAAAGUGGACAGCAUUACUGGGAAGUGAGAGCCCAGAAGGACUGCAAAUCCUACAGCGUGGGAGUAACGUACAGAAACCCGGGGAAGUUUGACCAGCUGGGAAAGACUAAUUCCAGCUGGUGCAUCCAUAUCAACAACUGGCUGCAAACCACAUUCUCAGCAAAGCAUAACAAUAAAGCAAAGACUCUAGAUAUACCUGUUCCAGACAGAAUAGGGGUAUACUGUGACUUUGAUGGAGGUCAGCUGUCAUUUUAUAAUGCAAGCUCAAAGGCAUUGUUACACACCUUCAGAGCAAAGUUUACUCAACCAUUGCUACCAGGCUUCAUGAUAUGGUGUGGUGGGCUCACAGUGAGUACUGGAUUGCAGGUGCCGAGUGCUGUGAAAACUCUUCAGAAGAGUGAAAAUGGAUUGAGUGGUUCAACAAGCAGCCUAAAUAAUGCCUAGUAGUGUUUGUACAACACUUCUACUGCUGAAUGUUUUUUGUUUUGCUGUGUAGCUACUACUCACAGAAGCUUGUGAGCAUUGGAUUUUACUGGGUUUACUACCUUCUGCUGUUUAGGUACUGAUAGUGCAAAGGUUUGGGGCUAAAGUGUUAGGAACCAGUACUGGGAAUCCAGAAAAAUGUCAGAAAGCUGAACUGUUGCUUAUUUAAAAAAAAAAAAAAAGAAACCAAGAGCUGUAACUAUGUACUUUUCUAAUACUAUAUUCAAGCAUUUUAUUAUGGACUUCAAUAUUAAUUUUGUUACAAAUACUAUUCUUCUAUGAAGAAUAUAGCAAAUACCACUUUUUAGCUCUCCUAAUGCAAAUUACCUAACUACUCGGCAUCCCAUUAGAAGUUGUGAUUUCCAAGAUGCAUUUUGAAAACAGCAUGAUUUGCUUGAUGAUUUGAUAUGUUGACCUAAUCUGGCAAAAUACCACAGCAGAAUGGUUUCAGAAGGUUAUUCAUAUAAUAUGUAGGCCCAGUGUGAAGAAACAGUGAGAUCAGGCUAUGAUAAUUUCCACCAGUGGUGUAAAAUCUUUAUAUUUUCCAUGGGUAACUCCUUUUUAAAACCAUGUAUAUUGAUACUGGUUCCCUUUUGUCACCAUUACAUUAAUUGCAUUUUAAUUAGACUAGAAAAUUAUGUAUAGAUGUUCCAUUGCAAGCCUAGUAAAACAGUAGUAAAAUGAUUCAUAGUAAUGGGAGAGCUAAAAAAAACAAAAACGAAAACAAAAAACCAACAUGUUAUAUUCUUUGUGGAAAAUCCCAGCUUGUCAGUGGGAAUUACUGGGUUACUAUAGGCUUUUUUAAUCUGUUUUCUUCCCUCUAAUCAAGCCCAGGAGUCUAUAAAUAGUUUUCAGGUACACUCUUGAAUCAGAUGUUUCCUAACUGAAGAUUGUUUUCUGGUACCACCUGUAAACUGUUAUAAAUUCAUGGUCCAUAAUGAUGUCACUCAUUUGCUGCUGGACCAGUAUAAUGUUUCCUUUCGUGUACCCUUUAGCCCAUAAAACCAUGAACACCUAGUUGUGUUAAACCUCAGUAUUACCAAUGACUCCUUUCUCUCCCUCACAAUUUCUCAAAAGAAGGAGAAAUUCCUUGAGACACCUUCUAAGAGACUGGCUAUGGUGUUCAGUGGAAGGUUAAAAUUAACGAGGAAAUGUAAUUACCUGUACUGGAAAGUGUUAUUUUUCUUGAGGAAUCAUGAAGUUGACAGGUUGGCUGAGCCUUAAAUGUUAUAUCUGGAAAUUGAGCAUCUCUUAGUUAUUUGCAUUGUGAAUUUGUAAUCUCUUUUUGCAGAGGAAAGUACAAAAUAGUUCUCAGUUUAACUGUACUUUCUUCUGCCUAUUCUGUUGCUUGGGCUUUUGGACAGAGAUACUCAGAAGUGAUGUGGUUCUUGGUCAACAGUGUCUGAAUCUGUUUCACACUUUAUCUGCAGAUGUUACUGUUAUGCAAAUACUCUGUGUAUAAUCUUUUCUUUCUCUUCUACUGCAAUGGACACCUGACUAGAGUCAUUGGGGAUAAAUUGCUACAAACUCAGUUUUGCAACCGGUUCUAGUCUGAGGCUGUGGUGGACAGACACCAGGACAGACUGGCACCUCUUCAUCACCACCCAUCCACUUGUCUUGAUCUUGGGUGUUCAGCUGCAGUUCCUCAUCAAAUUUUCCUUUAUUUAGAGAAAGGGGAUGUUUACAACCAACUAGCGUGUAGUGAGAACCAUGAGUAUUUUUCCAGCCCAUUACAAGAGCAUUUAAAUGACAAAGGGAUUUUUGUUUGUUUCUGUUUUUUUUUGUUGUUGUUGGUUUUUUGUUUUGUUUUGUUUUUGGUUUUUUUGUUUUGUUUUUGUUUGUUGGUGUUUGUUUUUUAGGUGUUUUUGUGUUGGUUUUUUUUUUUUCUUCUUUUUAGCAAGUUGUAGUGUAACCUGCAAGGUUAUUUGAUAUGCACUGAUGUAAAAAUGUAACUUUUCUUUUAACAGUUAGAGGAAAGCUUUGGGUGUGUUUCAUACUGUGACUUGUGACUUGAAAAUUUUGGUUUAACUGAUAAGCUAGGUGAACCUUUACAUGUGACUUUUUACCCUUAGAAGGAUGGAUUUGUUUUAUAAUAAUUUGCACAGAUCUCAAAUUUUUGCUGCUAACAUCUAGUUCAAUUGUUUUUUGUAAAUGGGGAUAUGAAGAAUUGCCUUAAGCACUUUCAAAAUUUUUUUUAGACUGUUUCCGGAACUAGUGUCUCUCUAGCAACCAUUAUUAUCGGAAGAUGAGUGACACCACACUGCUCUCCCAGUGUUGCUCUUUUUUGCAGUUGAUGCAGGGUUUGUGCCUGCAGCUGGACAGGGAUGCCUGGAGCCUGUGGAGUUACCUUUUCCUUUGUGAGUCCACUUUCAGGGCUUUGGAGAGGGGUGGCUCAUGGCAGUGGAUUAGAUUCUUUUGAAGGUCUGUAGUUCAAUCCAAGAGGCUUAUUUACUAUUAACUAUUCUGAGCUGUUACCACAUUGUGGCUAAACAGGAGUCUUCUGCUCUAUGACCAAAAGAAGAUGCUUUUUUUUUUUUUUUUUUUUUUUCCUUCUGUCUCUAAGUACUGACUGCUGGUAUUCUGAAGUUUUUUUUGACUCUGAAAGCCUGACUUUUGAGGAAUUAAAGGUUUUCCUUGAGGUAUUAAUACAUGACAUCAGGGUAGCUGCCCUUGUCCUGCGGAAAACUAAGGAGAACUGUGUUAACUGCAGCUAGGAAUGUCAGAGAGGAAUAUUAGGAAAAAACCAAAACAACAACAACAAAACCAUCCAGGGGAUAAAUGCUUCUGCAAAUACCACACAGGGCAGAGGUGGCAUUUAUUGUAUAGGUUCAUUUAUUAGAAGUACAGGAAAAGCAGAGGCUAGUGUACAAAUCCUGUUUCCUCACCCCUCCCACGUUUCAGAUGGAGACCGGGGCAGCCACCUGGGAGUGUGUUGGGCCUGUGCGUGGGGAUU